AUGGGGCCCCAAAAUCAGAGCAAUGUCGAAAGGCAUGAAUCCAAAAAGAGUGAGGCCUUGUCUCUCUUUAUGCGGAAUCUUAUAGCUAACGCUUCGAAGAUCGAGGUUGUCAGCGAUAACGCAAAGAAGGGAGCUUCCGAUUGCAAGAUCAAGCAACACUGUAAUCGUUUGUCGAUUCGUCGAAUUCAGAGAUGGAAUGGCGGUUGUCGUGCAGGAGGUAUUGCCACGAGUCCUGCUAGCAGCACCAGUAGGAGUAACACUGCUGCGAACGAUCUUCCCCAGCGUCGCAAGUCAGUUGAACGUCGAGAUUCCUCGUCUUCAGAAUUCAGUUGGGCUCAACUCAACGGAUCAGCUAGUGAUGAUUCCAGCCGAUUGGCGCUCGAAGUUUGCGGCGAAAUUCUGCGUUGUUGGAAGGCCAUUCCAGUCAAGAACGCCAAACAGGUUGACCGUAUGGUGGUCUGA